AGGCUCCAAGGUGACUUGUCUCAAAUUCCUUCCAGAAAGAGCUCUGGGCUGGACCCAUGCCCCAGCUCAUGCUGCACAACCAGGUGAACAGCACUCCUCGGGCCUGCCAUCCAGAACCCUGGCUGACGGCAUUGAAGCAAGAUGCUCCCACAGGUUAACGGCCACAGGCUGGGCUCUGAUGCCCAAGGGGAGGACCCCCUCCCAGGAGACCUGCAGGAUUUUCUGGGUGCGGAGAGCCUGCUGCACCAGCUGGAUGACCUCACACAGGUGAAUCCCGUGACACUGGAAACAGUCCUGCGGUGCCUGCAGGCGCGGUACACAGCUGACACCUUCUACACCAAUGCGGGCUGCACCCUAGUGGCUCUGAACCCCUUUAAGCCGGUCCCUCAACUCUACUCGCCAGAGCUGAUGAGAGAGUACCACACUGUGCCUCAGCCCCAGAAACUGAAGCCCCAUGUCUUCACGGUCGGUGAGCAAAGCUACAGGAAUGUCAAGAGCCUGAUGGAGCCCGUGAACCAGUCCAUUGUUGUCAGUGGAGAGAGUGGGGCUGGAAAGACAUGGACAUCUCGCUGCCUCAUGAAGUUCUAUGCUGUGGUGGCCUCCUCACCCACCUCCUGGGAGAGCCACAGGGUGGCAGAGCGAAUCGAACAGCGGAUCCUGAACUCCAACCCUGUCAUGGAAGCUUUUGGGAACGCGUGCACGCUGAGGAAUAACAACAGCAGUCGCUUUGGGAAGUUCAUCCAGCUCCAGCUGAACAGGGCCCACCAGAUGACCGGAGCUGCAGUCCAGACCUACCUGCUAGAAAAAACUCGAGUGGCAUGCCAGGCCCCCAGAGAGAGGAACUUCCACAUCUUCUACCAGAUCUGCAAAGGAGCCAGUGCACAGGAGAGACUGCAGUGGCACCUCCCCGAGGGGGCUGCCUUUUCCUGGCUGCCCAACCCAGACAGGACUUUGGAAGAGGACUGUUUUGAGGUGACCAGAGAGGCCAUGCUCCAUUUGGGCAUCGAUACCCCCACCCAGAGCAACAUCUUUAAGCUCCUCGCCGGCCUGCUGCACCUGGGCAACACGCAGUUUGCCAACUCAGAGGAUGAAGCCCAGCCCUGCCAGCUGAUGGAGCAAGCCAAGGGCUCUGUGAGGACAUCGGCCUUGCUGCUGCGUCUCCCAGAGGACACACUGCUAGAGACGCUGAGGAUCCGAACCAUCCAGGCGGGCAGGCAGCGGCAACUCUUCCGGAAGCCCUGCUCCCGGCGCGAGUGUGACACUCGCAGGGACUGUCUGGCCAAAUUGGUCUAUGCACGGCUGUUUGACUGGCUGGUGGCCGUGAUCAACAGCAGUACCUGCGCAGCCCCUGACACCUGGACUACUUUCAUAGGCCUGCUGGAUGUGUAUGGAUUUGAGUCCUUUCCUGACAACAGUCUGGAGCAGCUGUGUAUCAACUAUGCCAACGAGAAGCUCCAGCAGCACUUUGUGGCUCACUACCUGAGGGCGCAGCAGGAAGAAUACGCAGCUGAGGGCCUCGAAUGGUCGUUUGUCAACUACCAGGACAACCAGAGCUGUUUGGAUCUCAUCGAGGGGAGCCCCAUCAGCAUCUGCUCCCUCUUAAAUGAGGAGUGCCGCCUUAAUCGGCCGUGCAGCGCAGCUCAGCUCCAGACUCGCAUCGAGAGCGCGCUGGCCAGCCAGCCCUGCCUGGGCCCGAACAAGCUCAGCCGGGAGCCCAGCUUCAUCGUGGUGCACUAUGCAGGCCCCGUGUGCUACCUCACCACCGGCCUGGUGGAGAAGAACAAGGACCCUGUCCCCCCUGAGCUGACCACGCUCCUCCAGCAGUCUCAGGACCCCCUGCUCAAGGAGCUGUUUCCUACUAAUCCCAAUGCGGAGUCCCAGGAGGAGCCCUCUGGGCAGAACAGAAUGCCCAUGCUGACCGUGGUGUCCAAGUUCAAGGCCUCCCUGGAGCAGCUCCUGUGCGUCCUGCACAGCACCACCCCCCACUACAUCCGCUGCAUCAAGCCCAACAGCCAGGCCCGGGCACAGACCUUCGUCAGGGCUGAGGUCCUGAGCCAGCUGGAGGCCUGUGGCCUGGUGGAGACCGUGCACAUCAGUGCUGCCGGCUUUCCUAUCCGGGUCUCCCACCGGAACUUUGUGGAAAGAUAUAAGUUGCUGAGGAGGCUCCGCCCUCGCACAUCUUCUGGCCCCCACCGUCCAUGUCCUGCCCAAGGACACUCAGGUGAGCGGCCCACUUGCCAGUUUUCUGUGGAGCCCGGUUUCCCACCCCCCACCUCCAGCUCCCUCAAGGCUCCGGGGCGGGCUGGGCACUCAGCUCUGCCUGCAGGGGGAGAAGCGACUGGAGGAGAAUAACCCAGGUGGAAAGUGGGAAGGACCCUGCAGUCGAGCUGGCGCUUGGGAGUGGGAAUUGGGGAAGGCUUCCUGGAGGAGGUAUCAGGAUGGACUGGAUUAGCAGAUGAAGGGCUUUUGCCUGUCCGAGUUCAUGUAAGCCACUCCUGGAGGCGCUCGGCGGCUCACCUGAUGCAUGAGGGCAGAGAUAGGUGAGCCUGGGCCCAGGCUUCCUGGACUUGCUUCUCUGAGCAGAUGGGGCAGCGCUGGGUGAGGGAGGCCAGGCCGCUGUGGGGCUGGGGGAAGCCAGCAGUGCAGGCAGUUGGAAAAGAAGAAAUGGACCAAUGUGUGCAUGAUUGGCUAUAGAGAAAAGGACAGGGAGCCGAGGCUUGGGGCACUGCUAACCCCAGGCCUGCAUUCUGGCCUGUGGCCCAAUUAGCCAACGGUCAGAAUGUAAAAAUAGCAAAGCUCUGGGAGUGAGAUGGCCCAGGGACCGGGGAGCAAAGUCCAAGGGCUGACAGGAGGCUGCACUGGGCAGGACCCGGCCUGGUGGCAACUGAACACCCACCCUUCCCCGCCCCGCUGGGCCCCCUGUACCCCACAGACUAUUCCACUCUGCCACCUUCUCUCUUAGGCAGACUGUCACUUUCCUUUCCCCUCCCCCUCUCUCUUCCCCUCUUUCUCCAUGGUCUGCUUCCUGCUCUGUGCCCAAAGCCCCUCGGGUCCCUGGUUGGUUUUGCAGCUGUUUCUCAUCUGCGGUGUCUCCCUUGGCAGCCUCUGUCUCACCCAGGCAU